UUUUUAGGAGGGUUUAAAGGCGGCUACCUCCACCAACACUUUUCCCUUGCCAUUUCAUUCUCUUCUAGAUCUCAUCCCAUUCUUACUUCUCAAAUCUUUUGUUUCAUUCAUUUUUCCCCUAAAAAAUUUCCCACUUUUUCAUUUGUUUCGUAUGUUUUCUUAGAAAAAAAGAAAAGGAAAAGUCCUAGAGAAAGAUUUUCUUUUGCCUUGCCCAACAUUGUAUCUUUCAGCUUUGAAUUGGAGUCAUUUAUUAAAUACAAACACAACAUAGUUCAAGCAUGUGGAGACGCUUAGUUAAGCAAGCUUCCAAUAGACAAAAGUUUAAAUUUGUCCCUGAAUCAUAUACUUCCUCGCUUUCUUCAUGUUCUUCUACAGGAUUUUGUCAGGAUUCAGUUUUUAUCAAUAAAUUCAGUCCUUCCAUGGCCAAAAGAAAUGGCUUUUGUGGGUGCCCAGUUCUGGAUUUUCGCGAAAAUGGUGUCUUCUCUUUGCAAAAGCAUGGUUUGGGCAGAUCCAGUUUGUCUCAAUCAGGUAACUCUUUAAGUUUUUCUGGGAAAUUUUGGAAUUUGAAAGGGUAUGCAAGUACUGCUGAGGCUAUUAUUUCUACUGAAGAGGACCUUUCGGGGUCAGAAGAAAUCCAUGAAUUAAUGGGAGCAAUGAUCAGAGAAGAGAAGAAAGAGUCCUUUUCAAAGCAACCAAGGACGAUGGUAGGAGGAAUGGGGGUAGCAAAGUACUAUACGUUAAGGAGGAGGCAAAUAAAGAUCGAGACCGAGGCAUGGGAAGCGGCAGCUAAAGAGUACCAAGAAUUACUAGCAGAUAUGUGUGAGCAAAAACUUGCUCCGAAUUUGCCUUAUAUUAAAUCAUUGUUUCUUGGUUGGUUUGAGCCUUUGAGAGAUUCUAUUGCUGCUGAGCAAGAGUUGUGCAAGGAAAAUUUCAAGAUAAGUCAUGCUGCUUAUUUUAGCGAGUUGUCAGCGGAUAUGAUGGCGGUAGUUACCAUGCACAAAUUAAUGGGGUUGUUGAUGACUAGUAGUGGUGGAAUUGGGGGUAUUAGGGUCGUCCAUGCUGCUUGCCAGAUUGGUGAAGCCAUUGAACAUGAGGCCAGGAUACAGAAGUUCUUGGAUAAGACACAGAAAAAGAAAACAAAAGAUAAAAAACCUGAUAUUGAAUCUGAACCUGUGACCAAUGAACAAGAGAAACCGGACAAAGACCAGGAAAAGCUGAGGAAAAAGGUGACUCAAUUGAUGAAAAAGCAAAAGGUGCAUCAGGUGAGAGAAAUAGUGAAGGAGCAGGAUACUACAAAGCCAUGGGGUCAGGAGGCACAAGUUAAGGUUGGCUGCCGUCUGAUUCAGUUAUUGAUGGAAAAAGCCUACAUACAACCACCAGUUGAUCAGUUAGGAGAUGGCCCACCUGAUAUUCGCCCUGCAUUUAUACAUGCUCUAAAAACUGUCAGCAAAGAUGGAAACAAAGGCAGUAGGAGAUAUGGUGUUAUUGAAUGUGAUCCACUAGUUCGCAAAGGACUUGAGAAAACUGCUAGGCACAUGGUCAUUCCUUAUAUGCCAAUGCUAGUGCCCCCUCAAAACUGGACAGGGUAUGACCGAGGUGCAUAUUUGUUUUUACCAUCAUAUGUCAUGCGGACGCAUGGAGCAAAACAACAACGCGAAACUGUUAAAAGAACACCAAAGACACAAUUAGUGCAUGUUUUUGAGGCUCUUGACACACUAGGAAAUACCAAAUGGAGGAUAAAUAAAAGGGUUCUUGGUGUAGUAGACAGAAUAUGGGCUAAUGGUGGCCGUAUCGCAGACUUGGUUGACCGUGAAGAUGUUCCUCUGCCUGAGGAGCCAGACACUGAAGAUGAAGCAGAAAUUCGGAAAUGGAAGUGGAAGGUAAAAGCUGUCAAAAAGGAGAAUAAUGAAAGGCAUUCACAGCGGUGUGAUGUUGAACUUAAACUUGCUGUGGCUCGACAAAUGAAGUAUGAGGAUGGCUUCUACUACCCUCACAACCUUGAUUUUCGAGGCCGAGCAUACCCUAUGCAUCCAUAUCUAAAUCAUCUCGGCUCUGAUCUAUGUCGAGGUGUCUUGGAGUUUGCAGAGGGACGCCCCCUUGGGAAGUCAGGCUUACGCUGGCUGAAGAUACAUUUGGCAAAUUUAUAUGCUGGAGGGGUGGACAAGUUGCCCUAUGAGGGUCGAAUAGCUUUUACAGAGAAUCAUUUGGAUGAUAUCUUUGAUUCAGCAGACAGAUCUCUUGAAGGAAGGCGCUGGUGGUUGAGUGCAGAGGACCCUUUCCAAUGCUUGGCAGCAUGUAUUAAUCUCUCUGAAGCAAUGCGAAGCUCCACUCCAGAGAAUACCAUUUCGCAUAUGCCUGUCCACCAGGAUGGUUCGUGCAAUGGUUUACAACACUAUGCUGCCCUGGGAAGGGAUAAGUUGGGAGCAGCUGCAGUGAAUCUUGUUGCAGGAGACAAACCAGCUGACGUCUAUUCAGGAAUUGCUGCCCGAGUUCUUGAUAUUAUGAGGCAAGAUGCAGAGGAAGAUACUGCAGCAAAUCCUAAUGCGUUACAUGCUCGGCUUUUAAUCAAUCAGGUUGACCGGAAAUUAGUGAAGCAGACUGUGAUGACCUCUGUGUAUGGUGUUACUUAUAUUGGUGCACGUGACCAGAUCAAGAGAAGGUUGAAGGAGCGAUGUGUUACUGCAGACGAUGCAGAGCUUUUUAUUGCAUCUUGCUAUGCAGCAAGAACCACCUUGACUGCCCUGGGAGAGAUGUUUCAAGCUGCAAGAAGUAUCAUGGGUUGGCUUGGUGAAUGUGCAAAGGUUAUAGCUUCUGAGAAUCAGCCAGUGCGUUGGGUUACUCCACUUGGUCUUCCAGUUGUACAGCCUUACCGGCAAUUAGGACGGCAUCUUAUAAGAACUUCCCUUCAGGUGUUGACUCUACAACGAGAAACUGACAAGGUCAUGGUUAAGCGGCAGAGAACAGCAUUUCCCCCAAAUUUUGUUCACUCCCUUGAUGGCUCCCAUAUGAUGAUGACUGCUGUUGCCUGUAAAAAGGCAGGCUUGAAUUUUGCAGGGGUCCAUGAUUCAUACUGGACGCAUGCAUGUGAUGUUGAUGAAAUGAACAGGAUACUAAGAGAAAAGUUUGUUGAACUCUAUGAGGCACCAAUACUAGAGAAUUUGUUGGAAAGCUUUCAGAAGUCCUUCCCUUCACUGAACUUUCCGCCCUUGCCAGAGCGGGGAGACUUUGAUCUCAGAGAGGUUCUGGAAUCUCCCUAUUUCUUCAACUAGCCUGAUCCAGAUGCCAUUGACUGUUUUCUUCAUCAAAUUCCUCUUAUAUGUCAUCGAGCAACAUAUAAUGGCAAUCAUAUAUUCUUUCACCAAGGGCAUGAGAUUGUGAAGAGGCAAGCUCUUUUAGCAGCACCCUAUUAAGGUCAGAAGAGAAUAAUAUCUCAAGAGUAGGGUGCCAACAACAAUCAUUGCCCCGUGGGUACUUAGUGUACAUAUGUUAUACAAAAUAAACAGUUACUUAUUGCCCCACGUUUGAAGUUGGGGCGUUGAUCCACCAUUUAUAUUAAAGGAUUUGAAGAAAUAAAUGGCGAAGAACAGCUCUAACAGUCUUGAAGCAAGGCAGUUUGGUGUGAGCUGUACACAACUGGUUGAGGAAGCGAUCCAGACCAUGGAAACUUCAACUAAGCAUGUGGAUCAUCAGUCUUUUAGCAAGCAAUCAUUAGCAGGCAUGGAAGAAGCAGGUGUUUCCAUUGUUGGCCUGGCUCACGGAAGUUAUUCCAGGGAUCCUUUGUGUGUGUUCUUCGUUCUGUAUUUCAUGUUCAUCAGCUGACAGAGUUUCCAAGAAGUGUAUAAACUCUGAAUGCUUUGCUGUUCCUUGAAUUACAACAAAGUUUCUUCUUUUAGUAAAAUGGUUAAAAUUAAUUAAUUUAUUUUUUCCGAUUAAAAAUUAAAAACUUUCAAUAUUAAUUUUUUUAUUAAUCAACAAAUAUUUUUGCAAUUUUUUUGCUAACACUUCUUACGUUCUAAUCUAUUUGUAUCUUUUACUUUCAAAUAAAAAUAAAUCAGAUGUAGCAGAUGUUAAGCAAUCAAAAUCUAGAGUAAAU